GCAAUAAUAACAUCGUGCAUGGAUAAUGCUCGAUCCGAUAUUGCGAUGAGGAUAAUUACGCGUAUGACGCAUAAACGAAAUGAUUUCAUCUCAUUUUGUGAAGCUUUACCGCAUGAUGAAUUUGUGGCAUUCCGUGAUUCGGUUAAGCAAUUUUUGACCGAUGUAGUCAAAUAUAUACAUUCACCUAGCAAGAUUAGUGAAAUAUCUGUACAGUUUGGUAUUAAUCAAGCAGCUCGUCGUAUAUGUGGUUUCAAAGCCGACUAUUUUGCUGCAAUGGCCGAUGCAAUCAUAACAGAAUGUGUUUUUCUUGAUGGUGCUGUACAUCCACCAACUGAAACUAUUGAAGCUUGGGCUACACUUGUAGAACCAGUGUUUACCAACGUACGUAAUGGAUACUACGAACAAGUAAGAAAGUAG